GUCGAGGUAUCUCUCUCGUCAGUCUCGUCGAGGUAGUGCGCGGCGCUUCUUGGAUACGCGGUCACGUAUGCACGCAUGGACAAGCAACGGCGACGCGGCACUGCCCAAUGAUGGCCGUGCCGGGCAUUACCGUUGACGUAGUGAUGUAUUAUUAGUGGUGCGCGUCGCGGGAAAGUGCUGUGUGUCGCUCGCGCUCUCUCUCUGUCUCUCUCUCUCUCUCUCUCUCUCUCUCUCUCUCUCUCGCUCUCUGUUUCGCCGCUCACUUCAGUCCGUAUCUCGGUGUGGCGUUACUCGAUAAUAACGCGGAGUGUGCUCCUCGUCGACGCGGAAAUCAGUGAUCGCGGCAAAGGGAAGGCAGGCAAACGCGGUUUACAAAAUACGCGUAUUUUCGCCCCUCCUGCUCGCCCGCCCACGAGUUUCACGCAGUGAGAGUUUCAUAUCAGUGCACGACGACGACGACGACGACAACGACGACAGUUUCGUUCGCUCUCUGUGUCUCUGUGUGGAUUAUCAUAUUUGGAUAUACUCGUAUUAUCGUAUUUGGAUACUGCGAUCAGCGAUCCUCGCCGCGGCCCACGUCCAGCCAGCCCAUCGCCAGAUUACAGCCCGAGAUCGUGAUUCCGCCCGACGAACUCUGUCCCUCAGAGAGCCCCGUGAGUGAAAGGAAACGCGGAAACGGAGCUUCCCUCUGGCAAUUACCGAGACGAUUUUUCACGUCGCACGGAAAGCAGAGCUUGGGGAUAAGGAUCGACGAAUGGGAAUUUAUACGUUUUAAAUUCAUCCCUGUGGGCAUCACAUGUUAUGAUAUAAUACUAGCCUGUACAACGAUCGUUCGACGUAUGGCACUGCAAUGAGCAAGAUGCAGAAACAAAGCCGGCGUAGCUCGGAGGUGGAGGUUGCGCUUAUGCGCCCUGUAAGCACAGCUGGCUAAUAGCCUCGGAGCCCGUCCCCGACACCCUGCAGCCACACCAGAUUAGCAGUUGGCGUGACAUGGAUGUGAGCUUCACGAACGUGUUAGAGGGGGCUCGCCAGUACUUCCAGGGACUGCCCGUACCGAGUACAGGUAGUGGCGCGGCCACGUCGGUGGAUCACAAUCUCCACUCGACAUCCUCCACGAAUCCCGCCUCGUCCACAUCGGUGACAACGCAUGAUCAUGAUGUACCGUCACAGCCGACACAAUCAACUCAGUCAAUUUCGACUUCCGCCAAUAGCAGCAGCAGCAAUAGCAAUAUCCAAGAGUCGAAUCGUUACCCUGCCGAUGUUAGACCUUCGUCGUCCGUGGAGAGUAGCAAUGCGACUGCCGGAUCUAGCUUCUGGAAUCCACACGUGGAGCCAUAUGCGCCGCAGCCGACUAGGGUCGAAGUCCCAGAUACGAGGCCAGGCGACGAAGGCUCCGCCAUGGAGCCCAGCUCCUCCUCGGGCACUAUCACUUUAACCGAGAUGCAGCCUUCGAAUUAUCAAUUCUCCUCCUCCUCCUCCACCUCCUCCGCUGCCACAUCAUCGUCGAAUUUUUCGCAAAGACCGCCACUAACAUCAUCAUCAUCGUCGACCACCUCGUCCUCCAGCGAUCACAAUCAUCACCAUCAUCAAUCUCAUCUUUCAACGUUGAAUUCGUCAUCGCAUUUGCAUCAGAUGCAACCGCCCCAACCGCCACAUUCCCCUGGACCAGUGUACCAGCAACUUAGUAAUGUCAGCAGGACGUCCUUCAGUGCGGCAGAGAUGCUCGCCUCUUCCUCAUCGCACUCUGCUUCAACGUAUCAGGCCGCUAAUAACGAUAGGCAAUCGCAGCCGAUUGUUGCGCAGAGGACUCAGUACUAUCCACGCUACCAUCACCCAGACAUCACGAAAUGCGCACCGGCUCCGUAUUCGCAGAGUUCUAUUUAUCAGUCCGCCAAUGUAGCGCAGUCUCUGAGUAUGGUUCAACAACCGAGCACAAGACCGACGCCAAUAGAGCAGAAUAAUACAACGGCAUCAUCCAACGUCGUUACCCAAGGACAUUGUCCACCGGAACAGCAACGAAUACCUGGUACUUAUGGCAACAACAUGCCACUCGCUCAGAGUUCUCUCAACGGAUCCUCAUAUGGAUCUGGUUCCUCUUCUUCAUCCUCUCAGAAUUACCGUCCCACGAAUCAGUAUCAGCAGCAGGCCCAUCGUCUGACCGCUUCGAGCGUCAACGACAGGUCCCAUAAUUCGGACGGGUUGCACUCUUCCACCGCCGCUUGCUCUUCAUCGUCGCAGGCGAUCAGUCCGCGUCAGCCUGGACCAGGAAACGCCUCCUCCAAUCACAUUCCUUUGCAAUCGCAGUCGCAGAAUCUUCCGGGUCACAUUCCUUCACCGCAUCUGCCGUCCGCUGCCACCUCGGUACUCUAUCAUCAUCAUCAGCAGCAGCACCAGCAGCAGCAGCAGCAACAGCAGCAGCAGCAGCAGCAGCAGCAGCAGCAGCAGCAGCAGCAGCAGCAGCAGCAGCAGCAGCAGCAGCAGCAGCAGCAGCAGCAGCAGCAACAAUCAUCAUCUCUACAGCAGCAGCAACAGCAGCAGCAGCAGCAGCAGCAGCAACAGCAGCAGCAGCAGCAGCAGCAGCAGCAGCAGCAACAUCCUAGUCGUAUAAAUGCAUCGCCACACUCCCACGGUUCCUCAUAUGGAGGCCGCAUAGUGCCGCUUCCACCACACGGUGUUUCAUCCUCCUCUGUCGCCAUGGCGGCGAACCAUUCGCAGCAGCAACAGAUGCCACCACCCCCGAGUGGAUACCAUGUAGGAACGACGCCAUCACCGCAUCACGAACCAUCGCCACGUCACGCUACUCCGUCGCCGCAUCACGCGACUCCAUCGCCACAACGGCAGUCACCCCACGUGUCUAGCCUGCACAAUCCACAUGCCUCCCCAUCUCCUCAUCACACACCUUCGCCGCACAACAGCUUCCAGCCACAUUCGCCGACUUAUCCACCACCACCGCCUCCGCCACCACCACCGCAGCAGCAACAGCAGCAGCAGUCUUCGGCUUCGUCAAGGUCGACAUCACAAUCGUAUAAUCUGCCACCGGUCACUUCGCAACACUAUCAAACGAAUUACGUGGCGGCGGUUCGUGACGCGGCGAUGGGGUUGCCUUACGCACCGCCGCCACCGUCCCAAUCUUCGUACCAUUCCUUCCAGAAGAACCCACAACCGGAGUCUCAGGGGAAUAACUACUAUUCUCAGCCAAGUCGGUCUCACAAUCAGUCUUACAGUAUGCAGCAGAUGCUGGUACCGCAGACGGUAUACCCUAAUACUCCCGGUAACAACAACCUAGGUAGCUAUCAGCAAAAUGUCAGCAAGCACGCGACGUAUAACGGUGCAGACGCUACGAAGAGAGGAGCGAUUGACGUUACGGCGAUACCUUAUGGUACGCAUCGGUCACCCACGCAGAGGAGUGGUAAUACGCACAACCUGCCGCCUAUCGCCGCUCUUUCGUCUUAUCAUUCCAACAGGCGAGAACUAUUGGGAAAGUCGGCGCAAACAACAGUACGACAACGAAUACAUUCGACGAAUGCAACCAACAAAAUCCCGUCCGUCGUGAUACCCCCUUCGUCUAUAACGAUGCCUCCUCAGAGGCUUGCCGAGUAUCCAAUGACUUCGGUCUCGGCUAUAAAUCACGCGAUACCGGUGAAUGGUAGAACAACCACUGUGACGAACAUGACGUAUGGUUCGCGAUAUACUGGCCAACAAAGCUACCCAUCAUCGACAUAUGCCACCACAAUAGCGCCCAGUCAUCAUGGUAACAAUUCCGCUAAUAGCACUACAGUAACGACUAUCAGUAGUCAUGGUGGUUCAGGUGGUGCGAGGUCUUCCGUUCCAUCGAUCCAUGCGUAUCAGUCUUCCGAUGAGUCGGAUCGGUCAGCGGGAUCAUCGUCAUAUCAUCAGCCACCGACACGAAUAACGACUGAAGGCUAUACCUAUAAAGAACACUCUUAUCAGAAUCCAGCAUCAUCCGGUAAUCAAGCAACUUCGGUCGUCACUAUGGCAAGUUCUCCGUCGCCGAGUAAUGCAGUUCGGAAAAGAGAAUCUCCUCUGGACUUGUCUGUAAAAACAGUUAAGACAUCGGCUGAUUCUACAGCACAGGAUGAUCUUGAGACUGUCAGCACCGACAAACACGUCAGUAGCUCAAAUCUGAGUUCAUCUAGGAACAAUGUGAACAGGUCGAUGCCACCUCCAGCUGUUAUGCAUCAAUCGGCACCGGUACAACCGUCAUACGCGUCGUAUGAUAGGCCUUCGAGUAACAGUUCGAGGAAUUCCAUGCAAGUGACCUGCGUUCGGGCAUCGACGCCUCAAACGGUGUGUGCGCCCAAAGUCGACUUUCUGCCAGAUUUUACUUCAACGCCGCUACGUCAACCGCACCACGACAGUUCUCUUCGCAGAAGUACUCCGCAGCAUCCGCAGCAGCUUUACGUUCCAUCCGCCCAGCCUCUCUCAUCCCAUCACACUAACACUUCUCCACUGCCUCAUAUGUCUACGUUCAAGAAACGUCCACUGCCCACGUCGCCGUACGACGGUCUGACGAUACCACCGCCACCGUCCUCAUCGUCAUCGACGUCUGCGUCUUCAUCAUACCUCCAAACAAAUGAUUCUGUAUCCUCGAGGUUUUCCAAGUAUCACUCAAUGAUGGAUACAUCUCCACGACUUGGUCCGCCCACAUUGCCCGCACAAGAUUAUCCACCCGACUCGAGCUAUUAUUUAGCGGACAGUAGGGCAAAGUUCGAUCAGCAAUUUCCUCAGCGCGAACGGUCACUCAAAAGAGCUGGAGAGGCGAUUUAUGGUAUAGGGAAUCCUAACAAACAGGCCAGAGCUGCUUGGCGAGUACCGAAUACCGAUAAACAAAUAGUUGAGUCGAAACUAUCGACUACAGGUGUGCAGAAUGAACAGCAAAAACGGCAAGAAAUGAAUUUGUCGGUUCCUUUGCCAAAUGGAGCUCUGACGACAUCUAGCGAUCAUAGAACCGACAACGGUAGUUAUUCAAUGCCAGAAUCCAGAUAUCAAUCGGUGUACUGUGAUAAAAGGACCUAUCCGGAGUCCAAAAUCAUACGCAGUUCGCCAUCGUACAAUCCAGUUAUUUCGAAAUCCGCGAGUGUACAUCCAUUACCGCAACAAUUGAGCAGUGCACAACUUACCUACCCAAAUUAUCGCCAGUCCAUUCAGAAAAUAGCAUGUCCCUCGAGCGGGAUGUCCAGUGGCCAAUCGAUAGAUCAACCUAGCAAUACUGGUGCCGACAAGAGGGUGCUCAACUUGCUGAGGAACAGCUUGGAAAACAAGCAACAAAGGGAUGAACAGCUCAAUAGUCAGCAGCCUAUUUUGGUUAAUCAUAGUCAACAGAGCUUCCAGAAUAAGGUCGUCGCACCAGUCGAGCCCAAGAGCAUCGGCAGGCACAAUCUGUCACCAUUCACGGCGGCGAGUUUGCUCGAGCGUAACAGCAAUACACCGCCACAUUACAAGUUGCACGUUCCACGAGCAAUAGACUCGAUCACUCAGGAAGUGCCACGUAGCAUGUAUGCCUCAAGAGUGAACGCAUCUGCCACGCUACCCGGCAAGGAAGCCUCCCUCGCGGGACCACGUGGCGCCGAGAACCAAAUCCAUCGUGACAAGGACGACGGUCUUGCCGCUAUCUUAGCUGCGAAGAUCAGGACGAAGGCGGAACUGAAACAAGUCGGAACCGGCCAAUUUACAACGAAAACAUCUUCCAUACCUUCUCAAGAUGUGUCAUCGACGCCGAGAGAAAUCGAUAGUGCGGCUUCGACGUCGACACCACAGUCUGGUUCGUCCGCAGGUAGUCCACCGAAAUUAACACGCGAGAAAACGGUCUCUUUGCCGCCCAGAAGACGUUUGUUUUCGAGAACUGAUGAGGAUAACGUACCGGUAACCGUGCCUGUUGCCGCCACGGUCGCGUCCACAGUUCCAGCUAGGGCGAGUGGAUGUAGGAGCUCUUCCGAAACAUCAGUCUUUGAUUUCCGGGAGAGUGAUUCCGAAAGCGAGAUGCCAGUUCUCGAGCGACAAACCUUGGAGGAAAUGAGAAGAGAUAGAAAGCAGUUAUCCAAAGUGCAACCUCCGAUACCUCUCAAUGACGCUGUAUGUAUGAAUAUGGCAUCUUCUACGGAUCUCGUGAAGAUAGAGCUAAAGGAGAAUGAUAAAAUUAACGACAUGGAUCCAUUCUGGAAUAACACCUGUGAUAAGUUUAUGGAGCAAUUACGCGCGGGCGAUGCCGUAAAGAAACGUGGACGUAGAAAAAAAGUGAGUGGUAUCGCAACAUCGAAACUUGAAGACGCAGUUAACGAUAGCGAUAAAGAAUCGGAUAUCAAUGCAUCACAUUCUCGAAUCAAGCCCGAAGAUAUCAAAAAGGAGACAUCUAAUGAUUUAUCUAAUAAGGAUGAUAAAAAUUCGAUUUUCAAGGAUGUUAAGAUUAAGAUGGAGCCCGGGUUGAGAAAGGAAGACGAUAAACACUCAAGCGAUGAUUCAGACGAAGUACCGUUAAUUAAAAGAACAAGACAGGAAGUGAAGAAGGAAGAUAGUGAUUGCGAUGAAGAAGAAGUGAUAUGCCGAAGAAGACGAAUUCGUAGGAUCAAGCUUGAAUCUUCUAGCGGUAGCGAAUCCUCGAGCGAGGACAGUGAUGCCAGUACCGUAUUUGGUCAUGGUUCUUCAGUUGCUGACAGACUUCGAGCUAGGAAACGAUCUAUAGCUAAUGUGUCUGAAGGUAUGAAGCUUCGUUCGAGAGACACUACUCCUCAUAAGGCAAAAACAGAGAAAGAAUCCAAAUUGUCGCCUCCUAAAGGUGGAACGUCUCAAAAAGCGAAGCCGAAACCGUUGUUCGGUGACGGUAGUGAUUUUAGACCUGGUUGGGAAGAGGAGGUUUACGUUUACAAAAAAUCUCUAAGAAUGCCACCCAGAUUGAUUACAGUGUCAAAACCAUCGCGUUUUCACCGACUAUCCACGUCAUUGCCAGAUUUAGAUCCUGGUUCGCCUGCAUUGUCUGUCUCGAUGGAUAGUUCCGACGUGUGUCUCAGCCGUAAUAAGAGAGACAGUGACAUGGAAUCUAAUUACAGUUUCAGCAUUAUGGGACUUGGCAGUAAGAUUGAUGACGAAGAGGCGACUUCAUCAACAACAGUUUCUUGUCCUCCGAAGGCAAUGAAACAUUUCCGAUCGGAUAACAAUUCUAUUGUCGAUGUUCUCGCACAGAAAGUCGGUGGUGGUCAGAAAGAUUCAAAAAAGAAACAGAAUCUGAAAAGUAAUAAGAGCAGUAACGUUAAUAAAAGCAAUAACGAACCGGAACUUUUACCAACACCAAGUCUUGCACCGCUUCUGUCCGAAACAUCAAAGAGUCCUAAAAACAAGAUUGCGUUGAAGAAUAAUAGAAACCCGAUUAAAGUUACCAAUUCCGUCCUCCUCGGUUAUUUCCGCAAAGAGACGGUGAAUAAUUUCCGUGACGCAUUCAAGAACAAUCACACAUUGCCCAAUGAAUUCUCCACUCUAGUAUUGAAGAGUAGAACCAGAACGGAGACGAAAGUCUUGAAGAAGGAAACUACUAUUCGUGAAGUGUUCGGCGAGGAUAGGCCUGCGUCAGCUCCGCCGAUGCAGAAUCGCGAUGACACAUCGCAAGAUGACGAUUCGCAGAAUGAAACGCCGGAGAAUGCAUUAGGUAAGGUACGAACAUUAAAACAAAAAGUCGUGUCUCGUUUGAGGAACGCUGGUAUACUACGAAGUCACAAAGCUAUUGCGAAUUCGAAACGUCAUCUAUUAACUGCUGAAAGGCGAAAGGAUCUUCUCAAAUCACUUGCUAAUAAGAAACUACAUCGUAUUAAGAGUGAAAUAGAGCAAGAAGAGACAAAUGAUAUCAGAGAAGAGGAAAAUAACGAGAUGGAAGAUGAUAAGAACGAUUUGGAGAUUCGUAAUAAAAAGAAGUUGAAACUUCGACCUGGCCGACGAAAAUUCCGUUCUGGAUUUGAUUAUAUCCGUAAGAAGAAGAAGCCAUUAAAAAAAGAUGAGGCAUUGCCAAAGGAAAGGAAGAGACAAAGUCAAGCUAACAAACCAAGCCCGGAGUGCGUAGCCGAUAUUCAAUCUGAGAUUAGAACGUGGGUUAUCAAGAAGGGCGUCGGGGAAACCAUAUUACACCGCGCUGCCCGUCUCGGUUACACAGAUGUGACUGCUUAUUGUCUGGAAAAGCUCAAUAGUGCGCCGAGUCCUAAAGACAACGCAGGAUAUACACCACUUCAUGAGGCGUGCUCCAAGGGUCAUCUGGAGAUCGCAAAACUCUUACUGGCUUACGGUGCGAACGUAAGCGAGAGUGCUAAUGGUGGUAUUAGACCACUUCAUGAAGCGGCGGAAAAUGGUGCUACAGAACUUGUGCGAUUGCUAUUGUCGUACGGUGCCGAUCCAUUGUUGGCUACUUAUUCCGGACAAACGCCUUUGAUGUUAGCUGUUGAUACCGAUGCUAAUGUCAUUCUAGAACAGCACCUGGCUGACAUCCAAGGUCGUACCACCGUGCCAUGGUCAUUCGCUGGUCCAUCUUCAAUUUUUGAUCCAGAAGAGACGGGUUACAAUCCGCUCGAUGAUGUUCCAUCGGACAAUCCUGAAUCAGAUGAACUAGAUGAUAUCGAAAUGGAAGUAAGCGACAUCAACUUGCCUGUCUUGUUCACCUUGAACAACGAUCCUGACAAAUGGGUGCUGCUUCAAGAUCUCAUGGCGAUUUUGAAGAUAAAGAGUCGCGAUGCUCUUCUCCGUCAAAUUAAUCCGAAAGCACAUUCUGGACCGCCUGCAAUCGCUCAUCGUGAGGUCAUGCGUGAGCUAAAGUUGCCAGAUUUCUUGGAACAAUCUCGUUGUUGUCAUCUGUUGAGCGGCGGCGAAAGGAUUAAUGUGCGUGGUUCUAAGGUCAUUCUUAUCAAGUACAACGACAAGGUGAAAUCUCUGUUAAACGUAGAGAAAGUGCUAAUCAGUCUUAGGUGA